GAAUUUAUGAACAGUUCAGAGACAAGCACUGUGACUAAGUUUGUCCUCCUAGGCUUCCCUGGUUGUCAGGAGUUGCAAAGUUUCCUUUUCUCACUGUUCCUGGGGAUCUAUAUAUUUACCAUAAUGGGAAAUGGGAUUAUUGUCUGUGCUGUGAGGUUGGACCAACGGCUCCACCCAAUGUAUAUUCUCCUAGGCAAUUUUGCUUUCCUUGAAAUCUUGUACAUUACCUCCACUGUGCCCAGUAUGCUAGUCAAUUUCCUCUCAGAAACAAAAACCAUCUCUUUCGUUGGCUGUUUCCUCCAGUUAUAUUUUUUUACUUCCCUUGGUACAACUGAGGCAUAUUUCCUCUGCAUCAUGGCAUAUGAUCGGUACCUCGCUAUCUGCCACCCACUGCACUACUCAACCACCAUGACCCAACAACUCUGCUAUAUCUUGAUGUCUCUUUGCUGGGUAUUGGGGUUCCUUAGUUACUCUGUCUCCACUAUACAGCUCUCUCAAUUGUCUUUCUGUGGACCCAACACCAUUGACCACUUUAUGUGUGACAUGGACCCACUGAUGGCUCUGUCCUGUGCUACAGCUCCAGUCAUGGAGAUCAUCUUCUAUGUCCUGAACUCUCUCAUCAUCAUCCUCACACUUCUGUAUAUUCUUGGCUCCUAUACUCUUUUACUGAUAGCUGUGUUAAAAGUGCCUUCAGCUGCUGGCCUGCGGAAGGCCUUUUCCACCUGCGGAUCACAUCUGACAGUGGUAUGCUUAUUCUUUGGAGCCCUUUUGGCAAUGUAUGUGAGUCCCACAGCUGAUAACCCAGUUGAAAUUCAGAAUAUUUUGACUUUGUUCUACUCCGUGGUGACUCCCUUCUUAAACCCUCUGAUUUACAGUUUACGAAACAAGGACAUGAAGGCUGCACUGAAGAAAAUCCUUUUUGGAGAUAAAGUCAAAGAGAAUGAUCAGAGGGCCAAAUUGUGCAGGACCUUGUACACCAUAGUAAGAACUUUUAAUUCCAUGUGA